AUGUUGUCGACUGCUAUCUUGCAAGGCCUGCUGGCCACGUCGGUCGCCGCGCUCGCUGUCGAGAAGGGACAAGGAGAUGGUACUGCCCAACUUCAGGAAUCUUCGAAAUCCACUUGCGACGUUUGGCGACAGCACCACGGAGGUGCAUAUGAGAUCAACAAGCACAUGGCUGAGCUGGAGAAGAACAACACAUACAAAGACAAGCCCAUUGAGAUCGGUGUUCACAUCCACUCGUUCAGGAGCUCGCGUCAAGGCGUGCGUACAGAGCCGGCGGUCUACGACGCGUACGUCUCCAUGCUCAACCGUUGGUUCAAUCCAGCCAAGAUUUCCUUCGUGCUUCGGGACACAGAGCGCUUCAUUGAUGCCGGGGCGGUCGGUCUCUUUGUAGAGAAUCGCUUGUGGCCCCGCCAUAGGGGUUGCGGCAAGGACCUCAACCUUUACUUUGGCAGUCCGAAGCUAGAUGGUGAAUACGCGGAAGGCGCCUUGGCACCCAAGAACCUAUCGGACUCGGGGGAAAUUCCGGAUGGAGUAUUCCUGCAGGAGACGGGCUCGGCGCCAUCGUCGCCGAUGGUCGCGCAAUUGACGGCCGCUUGGAUGGGGCUACUUCACCCGUUCGAGGACAUGUGCCUCAACGAUGGCGGUCUUGUCCCGAGCUGCCUCAACGAGCUGAGCCGUUGCUCCAGCAACAACCCCGUGGCCUUUGGGAAGAAGUCAACUCCGGACUGCAAAGAGGUUCGAACAAGGUGCUCUGACAAGAACAUCAUGUCCCUUGGGGAGAUGUCGGAGGGGUUCACGCCAGGCCAGGUCAGGCGCCUACACACCCUGUACAACUACUUCCGCGCCAACGCGAAUUGCCCACCACCCCAGUACAGCAAGCCGUGGUGGGAGUCGAUUUUUGACAACAAGAGGCUCGUGGCCGUUCCCGUGCAAGAAUUGUCUCGGGAUGCGAAAACCCUCCUCGGUCGUGACGUCCCCCCCACGGGCACGGCACCUCAGAGCGACCCUUCCCCGAAGACGUCUAGCCGGGUUAUGAUUUGCCAGGGUGAAUACGGCGGUGACGAGCUCGAGGAGUGCUGGGCCCCCGGUGAGGAGCCCGCUCGGACGAGGAGCGAGGGCACCGCUCCCGCAUAG